UUAGCAAAAUGACAGUGAGGAUGAGGAUCCGUAGCAGAGUACAUUUAUACGCCAUUUUUUCAUUUUGCUGACUAAAAAUUAAUCAAAACCCUUUAAAGCUUAGACCAAUUCUCACUUGAUUAUCACUUUGUUCUAAUCAAAAUCUCAACUUUUUCCUUUUUUGUAUUCUAUCAGUCCUUAACUACCCAGACCUUCCCAUGAAGCAGAGAGUUUCCUCAACAAGUACAGAAGUUGUUUACUUUCUUGCUAGACCUGUUGUCUUUAUUGUUUCUUUCUCAGCUCAUCAGCUUAUCUAACAAAUACCUGUUCUUCCCCGAGCUUAGUAAUUUGUGGGGUUUUUCUUUUUUGAUUGCAUGAUUUAUUUUCGUUAUUCUUUUUUCUUCCUCGUUCUUUGAUUGUAUAUUGUAUUGUAUGAUUAUAAUUUGUUAUUGUAAUUCAACAUCAGUGGUUAAUAGAUGUUAAUAGCUAUAUGCUAUCUCUAGGAAUCUUGGAUAUUUGAGUGAAUUAUAUAUUGAUUGCAUGACGUAGAUGGGCUUUGAAUUGGACCCUUGAUGGCAAUUUGGAGUUGAUUAAUCGGUUUUGACUAGCUGAGGUUUCAUUUUGCCUGGAUUGCAGUAAAAGUUCAGAGAGUAGAUCUUUCUGUUCCUGUAAGCAUACUAGUGCACCUGAAAACCGGCAGAUCUCAUAUAUGCGUUACUAGGGAGGAGUUUUUUAUUAAGGGAUUGAUUUUAGCGUGGUUAAGACUAUAUGGGGAAUACUUGUGUUGGACCAAGCAUUUCCAAAAAUGGUUUCUUGCAGUCUGUUUCUGCUGCAAUGUGGCGAUCUCGGUCACCAGAUGAUAUUAUGGGUACUGGAGAGAGUGUACACACUGAAACACCAAAUGCUGGUAAAGAACCUGAAUCACCAAUCCCUGUCCAGAGAAAGCCACCUGAACAAGUGAAAAUUCCAGAACCAGAACCAGAACCAGAACCAAAAAAAGAGCCUCCAGCAAAGCCCAAGAAACCGGUACAUUUCAAGAGGGUCGCUAGCGCAGGGCUUAAGGACUAUGUUUUACAAACAAGAACUGGUAACUUGAAGGAGUUUUUCAGCUUGGGGAAGAAAUUAGGACAAGGUCAAUUUGGAACAACAUUUCUUUGCGUGGAGAAAGCAACUGGAAAUCAAUAUGCUUGCAAAUCAAUUGCCAAGAGGAAGUUAUUGACAGAUGAUGAUGUGGAAGAUGUCAGAAGGGAAAUUCAGAUAAUGCAUCAUUUAGCAGGGCAUCCUAAUGUCAUAUCAAUUCAAGGGGCUUAUGAAAAUGCUAUUGCUGUUCAUGUUGUUAUGGAGGUGUGUGCAGGGGGUGAACUUUUUGAUAGGAUUAUUCAGCGCGGGCAUUACACAGAAAGAAAGGCAGCUGAGCUUACCAGGACAAUUGUUGGAGUUGUAGAAGCCUGUCACUCUUUAGGAGUGAUGCAUCGCGAUCUUAAGCCCGAGAAUUUUCUUUUCAUUGAUCAGAAGGAGGAUUCACUGCUCAAAACCAUUGACUUUGGCUUGUCUGUAUUCUUCAAGCCAGGGGAAAAGUUUACUGAUGUAGUUGGCAGUCCAUAUUAUGUGGCACCAGAAGUCCUCAAAAAGCGUUAUGGUCCCGAGGCAGAUGUCUGGAGUGCUGGAGUAAUUGUGUACAUUUUACUGAGUGGAGUACCUCCAUUUUGGGCUGAAACUGAACAAGAAAUAUUCGAGGAAGUCCUGCAUGGUGAUCUUGACUUCUCUUCUGAUCCCUGGCCAAGUAUAUCAGAAAGUGCCAAGGAUUUGGUGAGAAAAAUGCUCGUCAGAGAUCCUCGCAGGCGUCUAACUGCACAUGAAGUCUUGUGCCACCCUUGGGUUCAAAUUGAUGGUGUUGCUCCUGACAAGCCUCUUGACUCUGCAGUCUUAAGUCGCAUGAAACAAUUUUCUGCUAUGAACAAACUCAAGAAAAUGGCUUUAAGAGUCAUAGCGGAGACCCUAUCUGAAGAAGAAAUAGCUGGACUAAAAGAAAUGUUUAAGAUGAUAGACACGGAUAAUAGUGGACAAAUCAGUUUUGAAGAGCUCAAGGUUGGAUUAAAACGAGUGGGUGCUAAUCUUAAGGAAUCAGAGAUUUAUGAUCUGAUGCAAGCAGCUGAUGUGGACAACAGUGGAACAAUUGAUUAUGGGGAGUUCAUAGCUGCAACAUUGCAUCUUAAUAAGAUUGAAAGAGAGGAUCACCUGUUUGCUGCUUUCAACUAUUUUGAUAAGGACGGAAGUGGUUACAUCACCCGGGAUGAACUUCAACAAGCCUGCAAGGAGUUUGGCAUCGAUGAUACCAGCCUGGACGAUAUGAUCAGAGAUGUUGACCAGGAUAAUGAUGGACGUAUUGAUUACAAUGAGUUCGUUGCCAUGAUGCAGAGAGGAAAUCCAGUUGUUGGAGGUGGCAAGAAGAACCUAGAGAAUAGCUUCAGUAUUAAUUUUAGGGAAGCACUAAAACUUUAGCACUUGAGUCUAAGGAGAGAGGUGUUUUUAUCCAUUUAUUCUUUUUUCCUAUACUUUUUCAGUUAGAACAAUCUUCAUCUCACUUCAUUAGAGUGUACAGCAGAAAUCAUGGUGCUAGAGAAGCAACAACCUUGCUCAUUCCUAGCCCUUUUGUCUAAGCUUCCACGGUUCACAGCUUCAACCUGUUUUUGUGGUGGAUAAUUGCAUAUUGUAUGAAGGCCCCAGAACAAAAAAAAAAAAAAAGAAGGGUCAACUUCCGCUGUUGGCGAGCUA